GUUGCUUCAACAGCUUUGUCGAGGUGAAGGCAUGAUUAUACUUUCGUUAUCUGGUGUCAUGCUAGUGUUGUUAUCAGGUGGCGUAUGGGGUUCGGACAUCGACAAAAAGAUAUGUAGUGUGUCAUGCCAGACGAUUACCGGCCCGGAUGGAUCCAAGAUAAGCCUCCUUCCCAAACUCCUUCCCAAACCUUCGGGCCAUCUACCUGUUAACAUGGCUAAUGUGAAUGGUUUUGAUAAUCAUAUCGUCUGCAGGUUACCAGAUUGCUACAGGAAACCCUGUAUCAAAGGAAGAUGUGACGAAACAGUUGACGGAUAUAGGUGUGUUUGCCAAUACGGCUUCACAGGAAAAAACUGCGAAACUGCAAUGAAGGCUCGUAUCUAUGUGACAAGCUCAGGGACUCCGGGAAAAAUAUUUGUUGCAGAUCCCCAAGAUGGUUUGAAUUUCACUUCCAUUCCAUUGGCUGGGGAACCAAGAGAUGUUGCGUAUGAUUCCGUCGAGAAGAAGAUAUACUGGACUGAUGAUCAGGAACGUAAAGUCUACCGUGCAGAUGAAGAUGGUAGAAAUAGAGAGGAGGUGCCCUUUCAACCUCUUUAUAAUAACCGCAAACCUUAUUUCAUCGCGAUCUCAGAAUCGUUGCGCAUUCUGUACAUUGCGUAUAACAGGGUUAUAACAUCAGUGAACAUUGGACAAGGAUCUGAUUCCCUACGGAAAGAGGUGGCGUUCACUUCGGAUGGAUACACCAUUUCCAGUUUGAUUGUUGAUGACGAACAGGGGUACCUGUACUGGGCCAGAGUUUUUGAAAUCUAUCGUAAGCCUCUUGACAGCUCUGCGGGCACCAUUGCAACAAUUCUUAAAAGUCGAGAUCUUAAAUGGAUGAAGUUAUGCAUCGAUUUCAGCCGAAAUCCACGACGCCUAUUCAUCUUUGACGUCUCCACACAGAUAGCUUUAUUCAAAGAUAUCACCGACAUCGGAGGCCAAUGGCGUGCUAAGUCCUUGCAUGGAGAUACUGUAUCUACAUGGGACCUGACAGUUGAUGACGGGAGUAGCCGCAAUAUUAAUGAGACCGACAGUGUGACUAAGGAGAUGUAUCUCCUUGGUCUGACUGAUAUUGCCAUCUUAAAUGACACCCUCUAUUGGACGAAAAGCGCCAACCCCCCUGCGAUCGUCGUCAUGCCGGCCAACAUGGAUCAGAGCAAUCGGUCAUUAUCAAUCAGAGAAACGAAUGAAAUUCAGAAUCCCAAUCAACUGUCCAUUGUUUAUGUGGAACCAUGAUCGAUGCUGGAUAAAGUUAUUUUCCCAGGUAGUAAACAUUAAACCAUUUUCUGCUAGGACGAAACAAGACCUGGGUACGUUUCAUUAAGAUGUUCGUAAGUUAAGAGCCCGGAGGGGCCACUUACAUUGACGAGUGGAUACCAUGCGCGAC